AUGCACCGCACGCUCAUACGAUGCACCGCACGCUCAUACGCUGCACCGCCCGCUCAUACGCUGCACCGCACGCUCAUACGCUGCACCGCACGCUCAUACGCUGCACCGCACGCUCAAACGCUGCACCGCCCGCUCAUACGCUGCACCGCACGCUCAUACGCUGCACCGCACGCUCAUGCGCUGCACAGCACGCUCAUACGCUGCACCGCCCGCACAUACGCUGCACCGCCCGCUCAUACGCUGCACCGCCCGCCCAAACGCUGCACCGCCCGCUCAUAUGCUGCUCCGCCCGCUCAUACGCUGCAUCCCCCGCUCAUACGCUGCUGCCCCGCCCGCUCGUACGCUGCACCGCCCGCUCAUACGAGGCACCGGCCGCUCAUAUGCUGCACCGCACGCUCAUACGCUGCACCGCCCGCUCAUACGCUGCACCGCACGCUCAUACGCUGCACCGCACGCUCAUACGCUGCACCGCACGCUCAAACGCUGCACCGCCCGAUCAUACGCUGCACCGCACGCUCAUACGCUGCACCGCACGCUCAUACGCUGCACCGCACGCUCAUACGCUGCACGGCCCGCUCAUACGCUGCACCGCCCGCUCAUACGCUGCACCGCCCGCUCAUACGCUGCUGCUCCGCGCGCUCAUACGCUGCACCGCCCGCUCAUACGAUGCACCGCACGCUGACACGCUGCACCGCACGCUCAUACGCUGCACCGCCCGCUCAUACGCUGCACCGCACGCUCAUACGCUGCACCGCACGCUCAUACGCUGCACCACACGCUCAAACGCUGCACCGCCCGCUCAUACGCUGCACCGCACGCUCAUACGCUGCACUGCACGCUCACACGCUGCACCGCACGCUCAUACAAUGCACCGCACGCUCAUACGCUGCACCCCACGCUCAUACGCUGCACCGCCCGCCCAUACGCUGCACCGCCCGCUCAUACGCUGCACCGCCCGCUCAUACGCUGCACCGCACCACCGCACGCUCAUACGCUGCACCGCACGCUCAUACGCUGCACGGCACGCUCAUACACUGCACCGCCCGCUCAUACACUGCACCGCCCGCCCAUACGCUGCACCGCCCGCCCAUACGCUGCACCGCCCGCUCAUACGCUGCUCCGCCCGCUCAUACGCUGCACCGCACGCUCAUACGCUGCACCGCCCGCUCAUACGCUGCACCGCACGCUCAUACGCUGCACCGCACGCUCAUACGCUCAUACGCUGCACCGCCCGCUCAUACGCUGCACCGCACGUUCAUACGAUGCACCGCACGCUCAUACACUGCACCGCCCGCUCAUACGCUGCACCGCCCGCUCAUACGCUGCACCGCACGCUCAAACGCUGCACCGCCAACUAAUACGGUGGACCCCACGCUCAUACGCUGCACCGCACGCUCAUACACUGCACCGCCCGCUCAUACGCAGCACCGCACGCUCAUACGCUACACCGCACGCUCAUACGCUGCACGGCACGCUCAUACGCUGCACCGCACGCUCAUACGCUGCACCGCACGCUCAUACGCUGCACGGCACGCUCAUACGCUGCACCGCACGCUCAAACGCUGCAUUGCCCGCUCAUACGCUGCACCGCACGCUCAUACGCUGCACCGCACGCUCAUACGCUGCACCGCACGCUCAUACGCUGCACCGCACGCUCAUACGCUGCACGGCACGCUCAUACGCUGCACCGCCCGCUCAUAUCCUGCACCGCCCGCCCAUACGCUGCACCGCCCGCUCAUACGCUGCACCGCCCGCUCAUACGCUGCACCGCACGUUCAUACGAUGCACCGCACGCUCAUACACUGCACCGCCCGCUCAUACGCUGCACCGCCCGCUCAUACGCUGCACCGCCCGCUCAUACGUUGCAUCGCAAGCUCAUACGCUGCGCCGCCCUCUCAUACGCUGCGCCGCCCGCCCAUACGCUGCGCCGCCCGCUCAUACGCUGCACCGCCCGGCUCAUACGCUGCACAGCCCGGCUCAUACGCUGCACAGCCCGCUCUUACACUGCACAGCCUGCUCUUACGCUGCACCGCAUGCUCAUACGCUGCACCGCACCCUCAUACGCUGCUCCGAAAGUUCAUACUCUGCACCGCCCGCUCAUCAAUGCACCGCCCGCUCAUACGCUGCACUGCCCGCUCAUACGAUGCACCGCCCGCCCAUACGCUGCACCGCACGCUCAUAUGCUGCACCGCCCGCUCAUACGCUGCACCGCCCGCUCAUACGCUGCACCGCCCGCUCAUACGCUGCACCGCACGCUCAUACGCUGCACCGCCCUCUCAUACGCUGCGCCGCCCUCUCAUACGCUGA